AUGAUAAUUUGGUUCAACCGGACAAAUGAUUGUUACACUGCUGCUUCUAGGCACGUGUUCAUUUGUCCCGCAUUUUCCGUAAUAGUUUUUGUGAUUGUAAGCGUAAAAGUCUUGGUUCAG